AUGCUUUUCAGCUUCAGGGCCAUGAAGAUGUGGUGCAGGCUUUCAAGCAGAAGCAGUUGCCAUCUUCCAAAACGUUGGCUCUCACGUGGCGGCCGCCGGCUCUGUCCGCAUCGAAGGCUCUUCUUCACCCUUCGAGCUUGGGCCGCACCAAGAAGUACGCCCUUCAGAAGCAUUUGCAGAAGGCAUGGUCCAAACGGUCAGGCCCACCGCACAGGGUUCCUGAGGACGCUGAAGAGGCUGAAGAAUGCAGCCCACACGAGCGUGAGGCCGAGCGGGCCGAGCACCUUGAGUACAUCCAUGUUGGAGAUUUCAACUUCUCCAGCUGGCACUUUAGUUGCUUGCGAGUGCAUGAGUUCACUGACGCAACUGCGUGGGGGGGUGCCUUCAAGCGAACAUCAAGACUCCAUCCAGGUUAUGGUGCGCACCGAUGGUGAUGGUGAUGGUGCUGUGGACAAAACACAUGGAGUAUUCACAGACGUUCAGUUUGCGAGCAAGUUUCUAGACCUGAACCGAAGCUGUUUUCUGCAAGUGUAUUGCAUUUCCUUGUGUGAGGAUCUCUGGCAAAAGCAGGAUACAAGCUCCAAAUUGGUUCCGCUUGUGCCCUUGCCAGGGGUUGACGAGAUGAAGAUUUGGCGUGGCUGGGAGUUUGAGAAGCAAGAAAUGCAACGUCUGAGUAAGGAGAAGCGCAAAAGAACAGGGUCUGACAUGCCCACUGCUUUACAGCUCCCACGUGCCAAGAAAGCCAGGGGCGGAGGGCCCGCCCAACCUGGCCUGCGUGCAGGGGAUGCAGAGCCCCAGCAGCCGAGCGAGGGAGUGGAAGACCAGCAGCAUGCAGACAUGAACGAACAGGUCCAUGGCUAUGCUGAAGCUGAAGCAGAAGUGGAUGCUGAUGAGAGUCAGGGCCAUGACGAGGAUGAAGAUGAACAGCAGGGUGAUUGGUUCCAGGAUGCGGCAAGUCAUCAGUCUUGUUCCUCAAGGGAUCCAGAGGAUUUUGACGAAGACGACCAGCGUGAGUCAGAAGAUGAUGGUGGUGGAGUUGGUGCAAUUCCCUUGUCUGAUGCUUCGCCUGAAGCGGCCGACGUGCGUCUGGCAGGUCUGGGAGACGAGCUUUGGGAUGAGAUGCAACGAGAUUUUGCCGAUGCCGAUGCCCUUGGGGCACAUGGUGCGGCGCCAAGGACGGCCCCUGCUUUGGCACGAGGUAGUGCCGAUGUCUUCGAGCUACCUGGCCAGGGGAGACCCCUGGGCUUCUUGACCACCUGGCUCCAAGCCCAGUUUGAUUUUGCCGACCAGGGGGCCAGGCUUGGAGUGACCGUGCUGAAAGAGCAAGAGACACAGAUGCUGGCGAGGCUUUACAUCGUGCUGUUCCGGAAGGACAAGUUCUCUCGCGAAACCGUGGCCACUUUCAAAAGGUCUGUGGAGGCUGUCAUGGAGUUUGUGGAAGCCAACUACCCGCCCAAGCCCCUGAUGGAGCUCAUGCUGGCUCCAGAAUCACCGCUUCUGCAAGAGCUGUUGGCUGCCAAGAAUGCCAAGAAGUCGCAGGCGCCGGUCUGUCGAGAUGCUGCUUCUGUUUGGGGCCAGAAAUGGCGUCAGCAAGCGGCAGAGGUGCGGCAAUCCCUGGGCCUGCACCCUGCUUCGAGGCCCUGGACAGGCAUGCCUGGGUUGAAGGCUUCGGAGAUCCCAGCGAUUGAAAGGGAAAGGGAAUUGCUGGACAUUGCUGUUGCUGCUCACCUGGGUGGGGGAGAAGCAGUGCAGGAGGUUCAGGCGAAUAUGAGGCAUAUGACCGAUGAGGAGCAGGCGGCCCACAUGAAGUUGUUGUGCCGAACUCUCUUUACGGAUGUGUCACAGAACCCAGCACGACGAGCUCAGUCCAACCAGCAGGGAAGGGGCCGCUGCCUGACGACAUCGAGCAGGUGGUAUUCGCACGGCCAAGCUCGAAUGGUGACGGCUUUCGAGUUUUUUCGAUUCCAAGGCCAUGAUCUCCGUGUGAAGAUUCCUGAUUCUGUUUCCCAGAACCAGGCUGCUGAACUGGAUGCCGCGGCCGCGGCUGUGACUCCGAAAGAAGAACUGGAAGAAGCAGGGGACAAUGGCGAGAGCAGCUUGUGCUGGCAGCUUGUGCCUGCGGUGGAUGGCAGCACGCCGACGGAGCCCAAGUCAAAGAAGCGCAAGCAGGAUGGUGUGCGCUUCGUGCAGCUGACCGCCUACAUGCUGCCCAGGUCCACGGUCGUUCUCAUGCCAACCUGCUUCAGGUGCUGUGAUUGCUGCUUGAGCAUCAGGCCCGAGUAUCCCUUGGAAACUCACCAGACGGCCUAUACCUUGCGCGCUGGGUACGCACCGGACCCCAAGUUCGCAGACGAGUUCGACAUGAGCUUGAAGGUAUUGAUCGCAAAAGAAGAGAAUGGGGAGCUGAGGGCUUUCUUCAAUCCGCUGGCCCAUGUGUUCACGGCGAGUUGUUUCGGCUACCGCAUCUCGCAGAGUUUCCUAGCCCUGACAGCCAGUGAGUACGGUGCCCUGCUCAAGCGACAGCCUGAGCAGAUCGGAAAGGACCCUGUGUCUGUUCCGUUCAAGUCUCCGGGCGAAACAUCGAAAUACAUUUUGAUGGACAUGGCUGACUUGAGGCACGAGCAGAUAGCCGGUCUGAGGCAGAUUGAAGUGUACAGCGACCAUUCGACAGAGCUUCAGCAGUCAAGCUUGACACCAUCAGGACAGCUUCACCGUGAGCAAGGUGGGCAUGUGUUCAACAGAAUGGUCGCAGCCUCGUGGGAGAAACGACCUCCAGAGAUUAGGCCCACGGCCACCAAGCCCGAGACCUUGGCCCAACUUCAGCGGUUGCACAACGAGGCCGACCAGAAGGAGAAAGAGCUCGCCAAUCAAAAGAAGCAGAUUGCGCCUGUCAAAGUGGAAGAUGAUGAUGACCAGCAGCCUGGUUCAGGCCCAGUUCGACAGUUGGGCAUUGACCUGGGCAAUGUGAGUGAUUUGAACGAGAAGGCGCCGAAGAAGCGGGUCACAGGCAAGGCGGGCAGCAGCGACCCGAAGCCUCAGCCAAUCCAGUCGGCCCCAGCGCCGGCAGUGAAGUCAGAUUCCCACAGGCCCACUCUCAGUGCUGCUUGCCCAGAACAGACGGGAGUCAAGCAGGAAGUUGAUGCAGGAUCCAGCGUGGGCAAAACAACUGCGAAGAGCAGACAGAUUGCCAAGCUCGAUGAUGAUAUGCAGGUUGUUGCGAAGAAGCACUUGGCCGUGACACCCACGGGCCAGAUCAACAGUUUGGAGGGGCUGGUGCCGGGAGCCUUCUUGCUUUGGGAUGCCGACCGCAAGCCCCUCAUGAACGUGUUGAACGGGGUGGGGUGGGGAGCGGGGACCUUAAUGCCUUAA